GUGUGUGUGCUAUGGAUAAAAAAAACCUGAUCACGAUUGUCUUCUAGGGAGUGUAUAAAAGAUGCAGCUCUUAUCACUAGAAGUUCAGCUCUGAAAGCUCCCCACGGAACUGCGCAAUCAUUUCGGUCAAAGAAUGAAGCUUAUUCUUGUUGCACUGGUCCUAGUGGCCUCGGCCUCGGCCAAUGUUAUUCGACCCCCAGUGGUAGAUUCAAAUAGAGAGGAUAUUAACCUCGCUGAGAUAGUUACAAACAUUGGAAAUGUUGUCCACGUCAUUGACCAGUUUGUCGGAGGAACCGGAAAGAGAGAAGAACAAGAUAUCUGCGCAACUGUCGCUGGUGUCCGAGUAUGUUUAAGAGACGUCGAAAAUUUUGAUGUCGCUUCCCUGGUUAAUAACAUUGCAAAUGUUGUCCACGUCAUUGACCAGUUUGUCGGAGGAACCGGAAAGAGAGAUAUUGAGAAUUUUGAUUUAUCACAAUUAGUUGCAAACAUUGGAAACGUUGUCCACGUCAUUGACCAGUUUGUCGGAGGAACCGGAAAGAGAGAAGAACAAGAUAUCUGCGCAACUGUAGCUGGUGUCCGAGUAUGUUUAAGAGAUGUCGAAAAUUUUGAUGUCGCUUCCCUGGUUAAUAACAUUGCCAAUGUUGUCCACGUCAUUGACCAGUUUGUCGGAGGAACCGGAAAGAGAGAUCUGGAGAAUUUUGAUUUAUCACAAUUAGUUGCAAACAUUGGAAGCGUUGUCCACGUCAUUGACCAGUUUGUCGGAGGAACCGGAAAGAGAGAAGAACAAGAUAUCUGCGCAACUGUAGCUGGUGUCCGAGUAUGUUUAAGAGAUGUCGGAAAUUUUGAUGUCGCUUCCCUGGUUAAUAACAUUGCCAAUGUUGUCCACGUCAUUGACCAGUUUGUCGGAGGAACCGGAAAGAGAGAUCUGGAGAAUUUUGAUUUAUCACAAUUAGUUGCAAACAUUGGAAAUGUUGUCCACGUCAUUGACCAGUUUGUCGGAGGAACCGGAAAGAGAGAAGAACAAGAUAUCUGCGCAACUGUAGCUGGUGUCCGAGUAUGUUUAAGAGAUGUCGAAAAUUUUGAUGUCGCUUCCCUGGUUAAUAACAUUGCCAAUGUUGUCCACGUCAUUGACCAGUUUGUCGGAGGAACUGGAAAGAGAGACCUCGAAAAUUUUGAUGUAACUCAACUUGUUAACAAUAUUGGAAGCGUUGUCCACAUUAUUGACCAAUUUGUGAGUGGAACUGCAAAGAGAGAGCAACAAGAUUUAUGUGCUACUGUUGCUGGUGUCAAAAUAUGCGUCUAAAAAACACCCCCACCUAAUUUAAGAUUAUUUAUGUUACACUUUUUUCUUUGUAUUAAACAAUAAGAAUUUUA